AUUUGUUCCGAGACGCCUCAUCUGCCGUGACUUUAUUUGUGUGCGCGCUUUUAACUAAAAUUCUGGUUUCGCCAAAUUUUUACCCAUGUGCGGUUAAUUAUCGUACAACACUCUAGACAAUUUCUUGUCAUACUUACAGAAGGAUAAGAGCAUUUUGUACUUUUUGUUAUAAUGUCGAAACAUAAAGUUUCACUCGAAUGGAAAAAGCGCGUCAAAACGGAGUACGUGAAAAUUCGACAGAGUAAGCGUCAUAAAAAGGUGGAUGAUGUACGAUCAGCGUGGAAUCGAAACAGGCAAGCGUUACUAGGAAUGUUAGUUGCGGAAAAUGAUACCUGGUUGUCAACAAAUGCAACAUGGGUCCAAUGCGAAGUGGAGCAGCUGCCGCAUGUCCAUUGCAUGAAAAAAGCUGAGGUUAUAGAUCAGGAGAGCAAUCAUCAAAAUGUACCAAUACGGGUAGUUAAUGCAGUAACUACGAUUCCAACCAUGUAUACAUGGGCCCCGACACAGCAGAAUUUUAUGGUGGAAGAUGAGACCGUCCUCCACAACAUACCGUACAUGGGCGACGAAGUUCUGGAUAAGGAUGGAUCAUUCAUUGAAGAGCUAAUUAAAAACUACGACGGGAAGGUUCACGGUGAUAAAGAAGACAGUAUUGAUGAUGCGAUGUUUGUCGAAUUAGUGCACACGUUGAUGCAGUAUACAAAUAAGCCUACAACCGGAGAUGAACAACCCAGCAGUUCUAAAACAUCUACUGGAGACAAAUCGCCGAUUGUUGUUGUUGCCUUACCCGUCGGUAAAGCGGUUCCUAGGAAAGGAGGAAAGGACAAAGAAUUAGAAGAAAAAAAUGACCAUACGGAUAUCAAACCGAAUGAGGAAACCGUAUCUUCCGAGCUAAAUGAAACAAGAACACACGGUACAACUAUGAAAGCUUUUCCUCCAGCAAUAAUAUUCCAAGCUAUCAGUUCGCAAUUUCCGGAAAAUGGAACAGGAGAAGAACUGAGAGAAAAGUACAUCGAACUAACAGAACGCGUAGAUCCGGAAAGACCGCCCGAAUGUACGCCGAACAUCGACGGGCCACGGGCAGAAUCUGUGUCGCGAGAACAAACACUUCAUUCCUACCAUACACUUUUCUGUAGACGUUGCUUUAAGUACGACUGUUUUUUACACCGUCUGCAAGCUUGUCACCCUGGUCCCAAUCUUCAAAGACGUCGCUGGCCGGAACUGAAGGCCCCUGGGAAACCAUGCAGUGACGCAUGUUAUUUGUUGCUGGAUGGUAUAAAGGAACAGAUGUGUUCAGAUAAUAACAGCAAAUCACCUGCGAUGUUGGACUCCGGAAAUGAGGCAUGCUCCGAGGAUAGCAACGAUAGCAGCCACUACAGCAAAGAUGCAACGUUUUUAAAGUCUGCCAAAACGGGAAACAAUCUGCUGGAAAUAUUCGACACUAAAGAUACAGAAUGGAACGGUUCCGAUAAAUCAUUCUUUCGUACGUUGCAAAAAACCUAUCUCAACAACUACUGUGCCAUUGCCGAGGCAAUGUUGGAGAAAACUUGCCAACAAGUGUAUCAUUUCGCGCAACAAGAAGCUGCCGGGUUUCUACCAAUUGAGCUUAAUAAAGACAGUACUCCGCCAAGGAAGAAGAAGAAGAAGCAUCGUCUUUGGUCGGUACACUGUCGUAAGAUUCAACUGCGCAAAGAGUCCAGUUCGAAUCACGUUUACAACUAUUCACCAUGCGAUCAUCCGGGACAGUGCGAUGCAAAUUGUCCUUGUUACAGUGCACAGAACUUUUGUGAAAAAUUCUGCAACUGCAGCAGUGACUGCCAAAACCGAUUUCCCGGGUGCCGUUGUAAGGCUCAGUGUAAUACAAAACAGUGUCCUUGCUAUUUAGCUGUCCGCGAGUGCGAUCCCGACCUUUGCCAGACGUGCGGAGCAGAGCAUUAUGAAAUUGGCAAAAUCACCUGCAAAAACGUGAGCGUACAGAGAGCUUUGCAUAAACACCUGCUGAUGGCACCAUCCGAUGUGGCGGGAUGGGGAAUUUUCCUGAAGGAGAGUGCACAGAAAAAUGAAUUUAUUUCGGAAUAUUGUGGAGAAAUAAUAUCGCAGGAUGAAGCAGAUCGUCGGGGUAAAGUGUAUGAUAAAUACAUGUGCAGUUUCCUUUUUAAUCUGAACAAUGAUUUCGUUGUCGAUGCUACUAGAAAGGGAAACAAGAUACGAUUUGCCAAUCACUCUAUCAACCCAAACUGCUACGCUAAAGUUAUGAUGGUAAACGGCGAUCAUCGUAUUGGCAUAUUUGCGAAACGCGCUAUACAACCUGGGGAGGAACUUUUCUUCGAUUACCGUUAUGGACCAACGGAACAGCUUAAGUUUGUUGGGAUUGAACGCGAAAUGGAGUUCCUUUGAGCUUUCAUUACGUUACAUAUGGAUACUCAAGUGGUGUCGUAUGAGGUAAACUAUGAUUUUAAAAAAGUUCAUAACAAUACGUACCGAUUCUCAACCCGGGGAACAGAUUUCUUUGCGAAGCUCUGCUUGUUGUUACUUAAUUAACAUUAGUAGACGUCUAUAUUAACGUCUGACUUAUUCAGUUAACGAUAAUACAGAGCACAGUUCCCCAACCAUUAGAUAUGGUGAGGUCAAGAGCAAUAAAGGUUUAUAUGUUUAAUGUUUUUUUUUUA